AUGCCUGCCGCACCACCGUUGAAACGUUCUGAUUCGACCUCCAACGAGACAGUGCUCACUCAAAAGUCCAUUGGGAACAAGAAGUCGCAAGUCCAGCCAUGGAAGAGCUUUCUGGGUGAUUCAGUGGAUAGAGGAUUUCAGGAGGAAGGGUUGGAUGAUGCCCUCACCCUGAAGAGUGGUGUACAGGAUAAUGGAGUAGCUGGUUGA